UAUCAACUUCCACUGAUUAGAAUUACAGUACCACAAAACUCAGAUUUGCCAAAAAUUCAUUUCCAAUAUUUUUCAAAAUGAGCAUUCUUGAAAGACAAAGAGCUAUUUUUGAACAUUUGUACCAAUGCCAACAACAACAACAAACUUCUAAUUCUUUGCCAAAUCAAAAUCUUGCUCAACUCAAUAGUUUAAUGAGUGAAAAUACAAUGGAAUUCAGUCAAUUUCAGAAUUUUCCCUUCAAGAUUGACACACAAAUUGAUUUUGGAAGUGAAAAGAGGAAUUGGACAAGCAAGAAGAGAAAAUCAGAGGUUUAUGAAGAAUAUGAAUGUAAAGUUGAAAGACUUGAUGGAGAAGCAGGGGAAGUAAAGACAGAGAUGAUCGUGAAAACUGAAAAAGGGAAGAAUUCGAAGGAGAAUUUAGAGGCUAAAAAUACUGAUUUUAUUCAUGUUAGGGCUCGUCGCGGCCAAGCUACUGAUAGCCACAGCUUAGCUGAGAGAGCAAGAAGGGAGAAAAUAAGCAAGAAGAUGAAAUGUUUACAAGAUUUAGUACCAGGUUGUAACAAAGUGAUUGGCAAAGCAGGAAUGCUUGAUGAAAUCAUCAAUUAUGUUCAAUCUCUUCAAAAACAAGUGGAGUUUCUUUCCAUCAAACUUGCCACUUCCAAUGUGAACACAGACAAUUUAUUUGCCAAGGAGUUACCUAAUCCAACAUUUUUACAACAACAAGGAAACAUUAAUAUUGGUGUUACACAAAGAAGAGAAAAUUGUUUGAUGUCUUUCCCAGAAGCUGUUCUUGAUUCUUCAAAUGUUCUGGCAUUACAACAACUACCAAAUCUUGAAACUGAUCUACAAUGCCUUUUUGGUGUACGGUUUCAGAAGUAACAGAAAAACCAAAUUAUUUAAUCAAGGUGCAGGAAUGAUAAAUUGCAAUUAUAAAGAGUAAUUAGCUAUUGAAGUACAAAUUUUCUUCACAUCUUUUAGUACAUUUAUUGGGGCAUAUAUAUAAGAAUAUGUUCACAUGUAUAGCCAAUGUUGGGACUGUUUAUUUGGAUGUAAUUAUCUUGUUAAAACUCUUUCUCCCUGUUUGUGUUGAUUUAAAAUGCUUUUAUAAAAAAAAAAUUAUACUAAUAGUGGAAGAACUUUGCAAUAAGA